AUGAAGUUCUUCGUCGUCGCCGCCCUUGCUGCCACCGCCUUCGCUGCGGGCAUCUCUGACCUCCCCGAGUGCUCUCGCCAAUGCGCUCACGACGCCGCUGCCAAGAUCCCUUGCGCUGACGACGACGUUCCUUGCCUCUGCAAGAACAUCAACACCCUCCAGGGCUCUGCUGCCGGCUGCAUCAUUGCUGCUUGCGGUCAGGACAAGACCAUCAACGAGGUCCUCCCUGCUGCCAAGAAGCUCUGCGAAGGCCAGUAA